GUACACAUUUCGAAGCAGCGAAAAUCUGAAAGAAGAAAUGAACAACAUAAUACUAACGUUGAUAAACAUUGUGUGGCUGUACGAUCAAAAGGAAUCGGUAAAAUUGUAUUGAAGUUUUCUGGACGCAACACCAAGCACAGAUCAGAAUGUCAUUGGAACUCGAUGAAUAAGCAACAAUGAUACGCGUGUAGUGUAUUCUUAACUUUGCAUUAUCCAAAUAUCAUAUUUACUCGUAAUUUUAACGACUUAAUCGAAACAUACAAACUUUUUUUUACGAAAUAUUUCAUAUCUAGCCAUUUUUUUUAGUACAUUCAAUAAAACGCACGAUCAAUGUUUUAAUUAAAUCACAUAAAAAAAUGAUCAUAGUUUCAUUUGGAUUACGACUGAUUUCAUUCAUCAUAACAUGUUUACGUGAUGGUAAAUUAUUAAAAUAAGACAUCAAUGUCGACGUACUGUGUUUUAAAGUGAAGUUAUUUUUUUUUGUUUUAAAAAAAUAAAAUAUAUACAAGAUCGAAAAAUGUGUGUGAAUAUCUAAAAAAAACAACACCGUAAUGAACACGUCUACAGAUGGACUGAAAAAAAGUGUGUUCAGUGCUUUCGGAAAAACUAAUAUGCGUUAGCAAAAUUCUUAUGUGUAGCAAAAUUGACUUCUAAAUGAAAAAUCGGCACUAUACGCUUUUGAGUAUUGAACUCCCGAAAAACUAGAGAAGAGUUUCACCAAAAAAAAAAAGAAAAAAGAAAUCGUUUCUGUUGUGUUUUCAAUGAUAGAAAGUGAAAAAUUCUUCUAUUCGAAAUGAUGCCAAAAAUGGAUAAAUUGCCUCGAGUGCCAGAUGCACAUGGAGAUGUUGUCGACGAGAAGAUUUUUUCCGAUUUAUAUAUACGAACGAGUUGGGUAGACGCCAAUGUUGCACUUGAUCAAAUCGAAAAGGGUAAAGCACGUGGUCGACGUUCAGCACUUUAUAUUCGAUCACUAUUCCAGUCUCAACUUCAAACUCUUGGCGUUUAUAUACAGAAGAAUGCGGGCAAAAUUUUAUUUGUUGCGAUCAUAGUGCUAAGUGCAUUUUGUGUGGGCUUGAAAAGUGCAACAAUACAUUCAAAAGUACAACAGUUGUGGAUACAAGAAGGUGGACGCUUAGAACAAGAGCUGGCAUAUACGCAAAAAAGUUUAGGUGAAAUUGAAACAUCAACGCAUCAAUUACUUAUACAAACUCCUAAAGAUCCAAACGCAUCGGUUCUGCAUCCGCAGGCUUUAUUAACCCAUUUAGAAGUUUUAAAACAGGCAAUGUCCAUUGAAAUUGAAAUGUUCGACAAACCAUGGAGCCUUCGUGACAUGUGUAUUGCGCCAACGGUUCCCGAAGUCGAAUAUGAUUAUAUUGAUCAAAUCUUUGAAAAAUUGAUACCAUGCUCAAUAAUCACGCCGCUUGAUUGUUUUUGGGAAGGUAGCAAAUUGCUUGGACCAAAACAUUCACCAAAAGUUCCUGGCUGGAACGAUACAAUAUAUUGGACAUCAUUGAAUCCACAGAAAAUGUUGUCAACAUUAAAGAAAUCACAUCAGGAUUUUCCAUUCGAUAUAGUUGAUCAAUAUUUAAAACGUGCUGGUAUCACAACUGGAUACACAGAGAAACCAUGCCUUAAUCCAAACGAUACUCUUUGCCCCGAUACGGCACCAAAUAAAAAGAGUAAAUAUCCGGUUGACGUUGGCGCCGAAUUGACGGGUGGUUGCUAUAGCUAUGCGGCAAAGUAUAUGCAUUGGCCGGAAGAAUUAAUCGUUGGCGGUGCCGAACGGAAUCGUACACGUCAUUUGAAACGAGCAAAGGCAUUUCAAACCGUUAUUCAAUUGAUGACUGAACGUGAAAUGUUUGAAAGUUUCAAGGGACAUUGGGAUGUACAUCAUAUUGGAUGGACACAAGAAAAAGCGGCUGCUGUUUUAAAUGCAUGGCAGCGUAAAUUUUCGAAUGAGGUUUCGAAAAUUAUGAAAAACGGAAACCUAUCGCGAUCACAUGAUAUUCUCGCCUUUUCAUCAUCCACGUUGGAUGACAUACUUAGUAAAUAUUCCAAUCCAGAUACGUUGAGCUUGUGUAUUUUUGUUGGUGUCACCAUUGUGUACGCAGUUUUUGCGUCGAUAAGAUACAAAGAUCCAAUUCGUGGACAGGGUGCUGUUGUUAUUGCUGGAGUUUUACUGAUUGCGAUGUCGACGGCGGCUGGUUUGGGUCUUUGUGCAAUGCUUGGACGAGCUUUUAAUGCGGCAACCACUCAGGUCAUUCCAUUUUUGGCCGUUGGAUUGGGUGUAAGUCAUAUAUUUACAUUGACCCAUGCAUAUGCCGAAAGCAAUGCAAACGACCAAACGAAAGAUAUUUUAAAGAAAGCAGGACCCACAAUUUUAUUAAGCGCUAGCACGGCAAUCAUAUCAUUUUUUGCUGCUGCCUUAAUACCAGUGCCAGCUUUAAAAAUAUUCUGUAUCCAAUCGGCCAUCGUAAUGUGCUUUAAUUUGGCUGCAUCGCUAUUAGUAUUUCCGGCUAUGAUAUCGCUCGAUCUUCGUCGUCGACAAUCGGGUCGAAAGGAUUUCUUAUGCUGCUGCUUACCACCAAUGAAACAAACACAAAAUCAACCCGGCAACGGAAAUGGUCGAAUGAAUGGCGCCGAUCAAGGUCUCAUUGCCAGAUACAACGAUAAAAGCAUAUCGUAUUUCUCGUUAUCACAAUUUGCAUACAAAUAUUAUGCAACAUUUAUAACGCAGGGUUCAAUUAAAUUUUUUGGAAUGCUCAUUUUGGCCGGUGUUAUGGGUUACAGUCUUUUUAAUGCGAUGAAAGUUGAAGAUGGACUCGAUUUAUUUGAUCUUGUGCCGAAGAAUACAAAUGAACAUCAAUUUUUGAAUGUACAAAGUAAAAUGUUCAGCUUUUAUAAUAUGUUUGCUGUAACUCAGGGUGACUUUGAAUAUCCAACCAAUCAACGUUUGCUCUACGAUUAUCACGAAGCAUUCGUUCGUGUGCCACAAGUUAUAAAGAAUGAUAAUGGUGGAUUGCCAGACUUUUGGUUGAGCAUGUUUCGAGAUUGGCUGUUAAAUUUACAAAAUGCAUUCGAUCGUGAUUACAAAGAGGGAAAAAUAACGCAAGAGAGAUGGUUUAAAAAUGCAAGCGCCGAUGCGAUUUUGGCAUAUAAACUUCUCGUUCAAACUGGAUAUGUGGACAAUCCAAUUGAUAAAUCAUUGGUGCCAUCAAAUCGUUUGGUUGACAGUGAGGGCAUCAUUAAUCCAAAAGCAUUUUAUAAUUAUUUAUCGGCAUGGGCAUGGAAUGAUGUUUUCUCCUACAGUGCUUCACAGGGUAAACUUCGGCCAGAGCCUCGAGAAUGGAUUCAUUCACCAGCCGAUUAUGAACUGAAAAUUCCCAAAAGUUCGGCACUCACAUACACACAAUUACCAUUUUAUUUACAUGGAUUAAGUGAUACACCAGAGAUUCGAACACUCAUCAGUACAAUCAGAGUUUUAUGUAAACGAUUUGAAAGCCGUGGCCUACCAAAUUAUCCAUCUGGAAUUCCAUUCAUUUUUUGGGAACAAUACAUGGAUUUAAGAAUUUACUUAUCGUUGAUUAUACUGUGUGUAUUAUGUGCAACAUUUAUCUGUGUUGGCAUCUUGAUGCUAUCCGUUUGGGCAGCUGUUUUAAUUGUGUUCAACGCUGUUUUUACGCUCAUUCAAUUGGUUGGCAUCAUGAACUUAAUUGACAUGAAACUAUCGGCGAUACCAGCCGUUAUAAUGGUUCUCAGUGUUGGAUUGUCUGUUAGUUUCACCGUUCACGUUUCACUGGGUUUCAUAACAUCCGUUGGAAAACAUGAUCGUCGCAUACGACUUGCUUUGCAAUCAUCCUUUGCACCGGUUGUGCAUGCAACGCUUACAUCAUUGUUAGCUGUGCUAAUGUUGUCGACAUCACAAUUCGAUUUUAUCGUUCGUCAAUUUUUUUGGCUCCUCCUAGCUGUUAUGAUAAUUGGCAUUGUGAACGGUUUAUUCUUCUAUCCAAUCUUAUUGACUCUAAUUGGUCCAGCGCCGGAACUAAUACCGCUUGGUCAUCCCGAUCGAAUAUCAACACCAUCACCGCCAACAUAUCGACAAAAGCGUACAAAAUCAUACAAUAACAAUCGACAUUCAACAAAUUCGACAUCGUCACGAUCAUACCAAAAGUCACAUCACAAACAACACAAAGACCAAGAGCCAAGUCUAACGACAAUAACCGAAGAACCACAUUCUUGGAAGAGUUCAUCUUCAUCAAUGUCAAUAAAUGGAUACCAUCCGGAGUAUCAGCACAAUACAAAUGCACAAACACACCCGAACAACACAAACAAUAUGUCCGAAUUACAGAGUAUUGUUGUGCAACCAGAGUUCAUUGUUGAAACUUCACAAAAUGGCGGAGACUCAAACACGAUGAAAGUAAAAGCAACUGCAAACAUCAAAGUCGAACUCGUAGCCCCCGGCCGAAUAACAAGAACGUUUAGCCAAUGCUAAAUAGAACGAAACGAAAAUGAAUUUUUUUAUUUUUUAAAUAAAAUUAAAACGAUUUGAGACUGGUUCAAAUGAGAUACUCAGCAACCAAACAUUUUGGAUCCACAAACCAAAAUUACAUAUCCAUUGUGACUAAUAGCCACUUCUUAUUUGAGCAAUUUUCGGAACCAUAUAUACCAAUCAAAGUAUUGCCGCCGCCCCCAAAACUAAAAAAAAGUCGACUACCAAAAGACUAAUAGACGAAUGCAUGUUGAGGUCUUGUUAAUUUUUAAUGAGAUUUUUUGUUUCGAUUUAAGCUAAUUUUUUGAAAGUGUAAUUUAAAAUAGAUAAGUAGAUUGAGGAAAAAACAAACAAACAUAGAAGCCUUUAACACUUUGCUCCUGAUUUCAACGCAAACUACCAAUAUAUAUAUAUAUAUAUUUUUCCCAAUAAAACAACAAAUUGAAUUAGGUUAUUAGGUAUUGUGAUUUAAAAAUUAAGUGGAUACUCUUCUUAGCUUGCAUUUUAGCAUACAGAUGCUGUCCCAGUCUGUAAAUAGAAUGGUGAAAUUACUAUGAUUACGUUUGAUUUAUAUUUAAAUUGCCACUAUAUAGUUAAUUACAAAAAUAAUAAUUGCUAAAUGUAUCAUAUAUAUAUUUUUUUUUCUGUCUGAAUAAUCCAUUAUGUAUUUUCUUUAUAGCUCCAAAGACAGAUUCUUAUUUAUUACACAUGUCGUCAAUAUCUUAAACGUUAUUGUUUGGGGUAACUUUAUAAAUUAUUCAGGUUACCAACGCGACAUAAGUAUAUCUGGAACACACUCAUAAAUCACUUAAAUCAGUUAAAAUGUUUAUUUUGUACACAACAAACUAAAAAAUGAAAAAUUGCCACAUGACAAGUAAAUUAUUUACUAUUAUUACCUAUUAUUAUUUAAUUAAUAAUUUAUUCAAAUUUUACCUAUGAAUGCUUUUAAUGUUUACAAAUCCAAUCGUUUUGAUAAACCGUGUUUAUCAAACGAUCAAAGAUAAACUACUGAAAUUAGAUUUAUGGCAAAUUGAAAUCAGCAACACUUUUUCUUUUUGCAUAAUAUAACAAUAAGCAAAGGUGAAUUAACACUUUUUUCUACCUCAAUUACAUGAAUAAUGUUGAAAAUAAUAAUUGUUAAAAAAAAUCGAAUAAAAUAUUAAAUAUGUGCUGUAGCCUAGGAUUUGUCACUUUAUUUGGGCUAUAGGUAAACAAAAAUUGAUAAAAUAAACAAACAAUAUGGAGCUUUAGUAUACUUCAAUUGAAAAUAGAGAAAGUGAUAAAUUUGCGUUGGAAACUUAACAAACUUAGGAAAUAAGAGAAACAAAACACAUAUAUCCAAUUUGAGAUCUGUCUAUUCGUAUAGCAUUGAAACCGAUUAGAAUAAAUAGAUUUAUUUACAAAAUGAA